CACCUAUUAUGUCUGGUUAGCUUGCUAGCUAGCAGCAGGCUGAAGAAGAUGGCAUCAUCUGAGCAACCUGAACACCAAAUACAGAAUGGCUCGCCGGUCAGGGAGGAUGCCCCAUCCCCAUCGCGGGAAGCGCUGAUUGCAACAGCCGUAAAAUUUUUGCAGAACCAGAAAGUUCGUCAAAGUCCUUUGGCCACGCGAAAAGCCUUCCUGAAGAAGAAAGGCCUAACAGAUGAGGAGGUGGAGCUGGCCAUCCAGCGUUCGGGCUGCACGGAGGACCCCCUAGCCCUGGCCCCUGCCCCCCUGGGGCCCCCCAUCCUGCACCCGUCCCAGCUUGCCCCACUACCACACAGUGCCGCUGGCUACAGAUGGAGGGACUAUGGGGCUCUGGCCAUCAUCAUGGCUGGCAUGGCCUUUGGCUUCCAUCAACUCUACAGGAAGUAUAUCCUUCCCCUCAUUAUGGGCAGCCGGGAGGACAAGCAGCAGCUGCAGCGCAUGGAGGCCAGCAUGGCGGAGAUGAGUGGCACGCUGACACAGACAGUCACCCAGCUGCAGGUGACCCUGGCCUCAGUGCAGGAGCUACUUGUGAAGCAACAGCAGAAGAUCCAGGAGCUGUCUAAUGAGCUGACCACCAGUCAGGCGUCCUCCACGACCAACCGCAUGUUGGAGUCCCAGACCAUUAGUGAUCUGAAGGCGGAGAUUGUGUCCCUUAAAGGUCUCCUUCUAAGCAGAAGACAGUUCCCGGCGUCCCCCUCGGUGCCCAAGAUCCCGUCCUGGCAGAUCCCUCUGAAGCCCAACGCCCUGUCCAACCCGCCCUCCGCCAACCACACCAACAGCAGCAGCGACAUCUCGCCCGUCAGCAACGAGUCGGCCGGCUCCUCCCCUGUCAAGGACCCGCACGGCACCCAGCCCACCCCCUCGGGCGCCCACGCUCACACCCUGAACGGAGACCCGGGCCUGGGCAGCAUGCUGCCCCUCGACCUGAAGGACCAGGUACGCAUGGAGGUGCAGGGCGAGGAGGAGAAGAAGGAGGAGGAGGAAGAGGAGGAGGAGGAGGAUGAAGAUGAGGACGAGGACGAAGAGGAGGAUGGCGUGAGGAGGGCGGAGGAGGAGGAGAGGCUUAGCGUGCAGACGGAGGACAGAAGGGGCGGGGACGGACAGUUCCACGAGCAGGUGGACAAGCUGAGGCGUCCCGAGGGGGCCAGCAACGAGAGCGAGGGCUGAGUGGAGGGAGCGGUGUCUGGGCUGGCGGCUGUGCUGUAUCCCGGCGGUCUCCAGCAGGGCGGGCUGAUUUGGUUUAUGAAGUCUGUUAAUAAUCAAAUGAUCAACAAAUAACAGAUGUAUUAGUUCAUGCGGCUUGAAAUGUCAAGGAGGCUCAAAUCGGAAAUCUAAUACCGAAAGCCCUGUUAUAUGAUAUUAUAUUACACGACAAACCCUCCAGUCCAAAUUAUAUGGGCCUCCCACAGUGAAUAAUCUUAACAUGAAACAGUGCCGGGGUUUCGUAAUUAAACCGUGUAUAACAAUGGAUGUUUGCUGUGGCACGGCUGACAGCUCUGCUUUUCCUUGUUCUCGGAUUUGGGGGUCCCUCGUAAGAGGAGUUCAGGAGGGGUAGAGGUGCGGGGGUGGGUGUGGGUGUGGGUGUGGGUAUCUGGGUGUGGUGGGGGUUGACACAGCCUGAUGUAAAUGAAGGCUAACGUAUGAAUACUUAACUAACCCAAUUACCACCAUCCACCCCUCACCCACCCGCACCCCCCAAGCAGAUGAUGAACCGACAGAAAAAUAGAAGAGAGAAUGAAGGCAGAAUGAAAGGAAAAAGAAAGCAGAGAGAGAGAGAGAGGGGGAAGAUAUGCACAAGUAAGAAUUAACGUGCAGACUCUGCUGUGGCAUUUUCACUUUUAACAAAUGGCCUUCAAAAGUAACGCGAUUAGGACAGAGGCAGGUGAAGCUUCAUCCCACACAGUCCUUCUCUAUCACUCUCUCUCUCUCUCUCUCACUCACUCUCACUCACCCUCCUUCUUUCUUGCACUCUGUCUCUCUCUCUGUCUCUCUCGCUCUCUCGCUCUCUCACUCCGCUAGUGAGAAGCAUCAUCAUCUCUCUCUGUCUCUCUCAAUCUCUCUCACUUUCUUUAUCUUUCCUUCUCCCCCAGUAACAAGCCACGUAGAAUCAUCUCUCUCUCUCGCUCUCUCUUGCUCUCUCUCUCGCUUCCCCCCCCCCCUCUCUCUCUCUCUCUCUCUCUCUCUCUCUCUCUCUCUCUCUACCAGAUUCUCCUUAAUCAGAGCCGACCCAUUGUCACAGUGACGAGGAUAAAGCCAGUGCACGCUAGCGACAUGCAGUAAUGCCAGAGAAAGUUGUUUUAAUUUUCUAAUGGAUUGUUAUUGAUCCGAAAUAGUAAAAGAUUAUGAAGCGACCAAGGUAAAUCAUUUUGACUGAGAUGUAGGUGGGUGGUGGUGUUGGAGGGGGGGAGGCAUGAUGACUGAAGAAGGGGUGUAAAGAUCCAACCAUCACUCUUACCUCCGAGUGGAGGGAGGCUGAGACGUGUGUGUGUGUGUGUGUGUGUGUGUGUGUGUGUGUGUGUGUGUGUGUGUGUGUGUGUGUGUGUGUGUGUGUGUGUGUGUGUGUGUGUGUGUGUGUGUGUGUGUGUGUGUGUGUGUGUGUGUGUGUGUGUGUGUGUGUGUGUGUGUGUGUGACUGAGUGAAUGUGUGUGUGCAUAAUGUAUGUUAGUUGUGUGUGGUUGGUUGGUUGCCUGCCUGCCUGCCGACGUGGUUGGUUGGUUGUAUUAAAACUGUGUGAAUGUUUAGCAUCUGACUGUUCUCGAGUCAUAGGGGUGAGGCCUUUUGUUUGUUGUAAUGGCGCCCUUCAAAUCGCCUAUUAGGCUAUCGUUCAUUACCAAGGAUAUACACCCAGCUGAUGUCUACUGCAAUUACGAAAUACCAGAAAACAUGUAAAUAAUGUACUUGUAAUAAAGUCAACACAAAGCACAAGUGUGUGUUUGUCCAUUUGUCUUUUUUUCAUGUACAAUAAAAGAUACAAGGACAACCAUGAUGUAGUAUAUAAUGCACACACAUUUAUGUGAGUGUGUGUGUGUGUGUAUCUGUGGGCGUAAGCAUCAUAUGCGUUGCAUUUACGCACUCAUAUUCAAGCCAGAGAGGGAAAAAAAUGCCAUCAUCUUGUUCUGUGCAUUAGUAUUCAUGAAUCUUUAAUGUCUGAAUAUUUAUCCAGGGAGAGAGAGAGAAAAAAAAUCAGGGCUAAAAUAAUGUACGUCAUUUAGCAACACUGCAGCGAAAACAAGAUGUUCAUAGAUAGCACAAUUGACUCGUGUUUCGAGAGGGGCCAUUUGCUGUGCAUGUUUUAACAGCGACUCUGUCGCCU